AUCCCUAUACUUCACGUUUUAUCCUACACUUCAGUUUAUCCUUAUACUUCACGUUUUAUCCCUAUACUUCAAGUUUUAUCCUUCAAGUUUAUCCUUAUACUUCACGUUUUAUCCCUAUACUUCAAGUUUUAUCAUUAUACUUCAAGUUUCACGUUUUAUCCCUAUAUUACUUCUCCAAGUAUUACGGUUUAUCCUUAAUAAUUCAUAAAAGUAAUCUCGUAUUCUCUUUAAUAAUAACGAGAAAUUAUGGAAUGUAAUUGAAAAAAGACUUGAAUCACCAAUGAAUUUAGUAAAUACAUGUAUGAAAGUAAGAGGAUAUAAUGAAUAACAAUUCAGUAUAUUAAUUAAUUCGGAAUUAUUUUUGAAUUGAAUGCUUAUUUAAUAUCAAACAUAAUAAAUCUAAAUAGUAAAUUUCAUCAAUUCCAAGAAAAUGAUACAAAUAGGAAUCCUUUUUUUUUUAAAAAAAAAAAAAAAA